AUGGACUGGAGCAAUGUUGUAAAAGUAGUUGGAAACCACGACAAGUCAGAGGGUCACCUUUCUCAAUGUGAGGCGGCUGAUAACUUCAUCGCAGUCAUGAGUGGCCAGAAGAAAGAUAUAGAGCGCUGUUUGUCCAGUCAAUAUAAUUCCAUUGUUGAGAAAAAUCGACAAAUUCUAGUUAGUAUUGUCGAGGCUAUAAUUUUCUGCGGCAAACAGAACAUUGCACUGAGGGGACAUGGAAACGAAAAGGGGAACUUCACUGCAUUACUCAAAUUCCAAGCAAAACACGACUCGGCUCUAAGAGAGCACAUUGAGCAUGGGGACCCAAGAUCAAUGUACCUUUCACCAAAGAUUCAGAACGAAUUAAUAGGCAUCUGUGGUAAACAAAUAUCCGAUGAAAUCGUGUCUGCCUGCAACAAGUCCCAAUGUUUCGAGUUUAUCGCCGACGAAGCUACAGAUGCCAGCACGAUGGAGCAAAUGGCGCUCUGUUUAAGGUUUUACGAUUCGUCAAAACAUGAGCUUUGUGAAGAAUUUCUUGGUUUCGGAGAGUGUCAGUCCACUACAGGGGAAGCACUGGCAGAUGCCUUUAUUGUCAAUCUGCUUGGCGCAAACGUACAGAUUGAGAAAAAGAGAGGUCAAGGGUAUGAUGGAGCGGCAAACAUGUCCGGAAAUCACAAAGGGGUUCAAGCCAGGAUUAGUGCCCGUAUUCCAGGUGCAGUAUAUACUCACUGCAAGGCACACAGCCUUAACCUGGCCAUCAUACAUGCGUCGGAGGAGGUUUUUGCCAGAAACAUGAUGUCCGUAGUACAGACGAUAGCGUUGGCCUUCAAUUACUCGGCAAAGAGAUUGCUUCAUUUCAAAGAAAACCUCAACAACGACAACGUGUGCCGUGAAGAAAUGGAAAGUCGAACGAAGUUGCAGUCCUUGUGCGAGACUCGGUGGGCCGCCAGAUCCGACGCCUUGCAUACAUUCCUCUGUUCUUACAGAACUGUGGUGACAUCCCUCGAAGAGUUAGCUAACAACUAUGGUGACUCGAAGGCAGCAGGAUAUAACCAUUCAAUCCAGAAUUUCAGCUUCAUCGUCACCUUGGUUGCUGUUGAGCAUGUAUUGUCCGGAUUGGUACGCCUGUCUAAGCUUUUGCAGGACAAGUCGUGUGACCUCUUAGAAGCUGCCAGUGAAGCUCGUUUUGUCAUAGCGAUGCUACAGGCUGAACGUAACGAUGCCGACGUAUGGGAUGCGCUUUACGACAAGUCAGUAUCAACUGCACACGACGUCGAUGUAGAGCCGUCGGUCCCACGGCGAUUUGGACGUCAAGUUCACAGACCGAACGCCCAAGCAGAGACCCCUUCCCAGUACUGGAAGACAAACAUGUACCUGCCGUUCAUAGACCAUUUACUUUUUGAUCUAGACGCACGGCUGUUGAAAGGCAAUGGACGGUACAAAGCACAGUAUCAGCUGCCUCCAAAGGUCGACGGUCUCACCCAUGCCGUAACGAUAGAAAUAUUCCAGGAGUUCAAGUAA